AUGGCUAUUCACUAUCUAAUCCUCCUCUCGCGCCAGGGCAAAGUGCGCCUGGCCAAAUGGUUCACCACUCUGUCUCCCAAGGACAAGGCCAAGAUCGUCAAGGACGUUUCCCAGCUUGUCCUGGCUAGGAGGACUCGCAUGUGCAACUUUCUCGAAUACAAAGAUACCAAGAUUGUCUACCGCCGAUAUGCCUCGCUUUUCUUCAUCGCCGGAUGCUCCUCCGAGGACAACGAGCUGAUCACCCUCGAGAUCAUCCAUCGCUAUGUCGAGCAGAUGGACAAGUACUACGGCAACGUCUGCGAGCUCGACAUCAUUUUCUCCUUUACCAAAGCCUACUACAUCCUCGACGAGCUCCUGCUGGCGGGAGAGUUGCAGGAAAGCAGCAAGAAGAAUGUCCUACGAUGCAUAUCGCAACAAGACGCCUUAGAGGACAUGGAGGUCGAGGAUGAAGUCACAAAGAUCAUGUAA